GGUUGCGGGGCCGGGGCCACCCCGCUUGGCCUCUUAUGGGUCGCGCCCCGCCCAGGAGGGCUGCGGGAGGGCUCACGUGGGGGGAGCGGCGCCUAUGGGGAGGCGGCGGGAGCCGGGCAGGGCGGCGGGGCCCGGCGGGGCGGCGAGCUGUCAAAGAGGCAUCCCGGGCGCCGGGAGCGGGAGCAGCCUUAUGUGUCCCUAAGCUGCGAGACCCCCCCCUCCCCUCCCCUCCGCGCCGGCCCCGCUCGCCAUGAACACCGAGGAGCAGUAUUACGCCUCGGCGCAGCUCUACAAGGAGUCGUGUGCGUUUCAGCGGGCCCAGGCGCAGGAUUACAACCCCAGCCCCCCCGCCUGCCUCUACAUGGGCAGGCAGCAGCAGACUCCUUACCCCAGCGCCUUAGGGGCUCUCGAGCAAGGCAGCCCGCCAGACAUUUCACCUUACGAGGUGCCCCCCAUCACAGAGGAUGCCGGGGUCUCCCACCUUCAUCACCAUCACCACCAUCACCCUCAUCUUCCUCCUCCCCACCAGGACGCGCUGCCUUUCGCAGACGGGGCGGACACGGGCGCGAUAGAGGAGCCCCGAGUGCAGGUGCCUUUCGCCUGGAUGAAGUCCACGAAAUCGCACGCCUGGAAGGGACAGUGGACCGGGGGAUCCUACGUGGUGGAGCAGGAGGAGAACAAGCGGACGAGAACGGCGUACACCCGAGCGCAGCUGCUGGAGCUGGAGAAGGAGUUUCUCUUCAACAAGUACAUCUCCAGGCCGCGGCGGGUGGAGCUGGCUGUCAUGUUGAACUUGACCGAGAGGCACAUCAAGAUAUGGUUCCAGAACCGGCGGAUGAAGUGGAAGAAGGAAGAGGAUAAAAAGCGAGGGGCGGGCAACAGCAAUGACCCCGAGCAAGACUGCGUGGUGUCCUCCGGGGAGCUGCAGGGCAAGGAGGAUCCCCAGCCGUGCCCUCCUGGGAACAUAUCCUCGGGGGUCCCUAGGGACCUGCUGGCCCCCAGCCUCGCCCCCAGAAGGCAGCAGGACUCUCGGUGAGCCGCCGGGAGUCCCCACGUCCCGGCCGGGGAAGCGGAUGGUACCGAGGAGAGACCCAGCUGCCCUCCGCCGCGCUGUGCCCUGGCCGACCCUCGCCCGCCUUCCCCCGGGGACACUCGGGGAAAACUCCCGUCCUGCAAAAACUAAAUGAAAAGGUGCUCGGCUGUAGCAAAGAAAAGUUCGCUGGGGCCUUCGCUGGCCCUACGGGAUGGCGGCGAGCCCGGCCCCGCUCCCCCCGUGUUGUCCUAAAGUACAUCACCCGGGCACCCCUCGCCGCAGCGUGACCCCGGGGACAGCUUGCCCCGGGGAAGGGGGAUCUCGGGCGGCCCCUGACGAUGUCUGAAACCCUGGGUGCACGGAGCGGUCUGGAAACCGGAGGAGAAGCGAGAGCACGCCGCCUUACCGCGGACGGCUGCCCAGACGGUGUGCGGGUCCCGCCGUGCCCGGCGCUGCACAAGCGGACACGGAGCCGGGGCAUCCCAAACCUUCCCGGGGCUGGGAACCCCGACGUCCUCGCCCCUUCCACAGGCCCCGGGGCAUCAGAUUUACCGAGGAUUCCCCCAGGACUAUUAUCAACUUCUUUGGAAACUGGAACCUGGUUUUUUUCGUUUUCUUUUGCCUUUGGGAAAAAAAAUUUAAAAAAAAUAAAAAAGGAAGAAAAAAAAAGCCCGAGUGUCCUGCGGGCAGGAUUUGUUUCCCCUGAUGACCGUCUCCCGGUGACUGGCACAGGUAGCCGGACUCUCCUCCGGGCUCUGUCAGCUGCUCCGCGGCCGUCGGGGCUCCGCGGGGCGCAGGGCUCCCCUGGCCUCCCCGAGGGGUGGCCGCAAGCCCGGGGAUGAGGCAGAAAAUCCGCGGGUGGUCUCCGGCCAGGGGGCAGAGGCAGAUCGGUCUGCGAGCCGAGAGCGGGACGUGUCUGGCGGGGUAGGGCUGGUCCCAGGACAUAUUCCUCCGGGGAAAAGCUCCUGCCUGCCUUCCUCCUCUCCCACAAACUCGGACUCUGCCUCGGAGAGAAGAAACCUCCCUGCAGCUCCCGGCCUGGGGCGCAGGAGAGCCUGGCCGUCUGUUACCAAAAAAUUCGUCCCCACCGCGACAGCGGCAGGAACAGGCAUUUUGUAGACGGAAAACUGUUCCAGUAACCGCCUGAAACACUGUCGGAGAUUCAACUAAGUGGCGGGGGGGAAAUCACACCGAAACUAGAAACGGGAAACAGCGACGGGAAGGAGGCAGGAGCUGCCCGGGUUUGCUGCGGGUCAGGUCGGGUCUGCCUCCUCUCCUCGACGGGGAAGGUCCGGAUCUGCCCCCGGCUCCAGCAACCCCUCGAGCAUCCCUCGGGGACCGCCACAGUCCCUCCCGGGCAUGCUAUGGGAGGAGGAAGAGGAAGAGGAGCGCCUGUCCCAUCCUGGCCAGAGGAUGUUCCCAGUCGCACGGCUGAAAGCGAGGGGGAGAGGAAGCAGCUUGCCACAGCUCUUUUUCUUUUUUUUUUUUUUUACUUUUCCAUCUUACAUGAGACUUUUAACAAUAAGGUGGAGACUUGAGCUGAAGGUGUAAUUCAUCUAUUACUUUUCUUUCCUUUGGGGGCACUAAGAUGUGUGUGCAAACAGGGACGUUCCUAGUCAUUUUUCCUGCCUGAGAAAUUUAUCAUUCAAGCCUAUAUAUCCUUGUUCAUCAAAACGCAGUUAAUGAGUGAGAACUUUACAAAUGAUUAU